GCGCCCCGGCAUCUGGACGUUUCUGUGUGGGGCCAGCUGUGUUCUUGGUCCUGCUCUCCUCAUUUGUCCCCUUUACUAUUGCUCGCUUCAAAAGCAAACUCUUCUCUCUGGUUCUUUCCUCCUAGUUCUUCCUCCCAUGACCUGUCUGGCACGUGGGAGCACACGAAUCUGCAGCGUACCUCUGACCACUUUAGUUCCCUGGGGAGCGUCGACAGCCUGGACCACCCUUCCCAGCCCUACCCCUCCGGACGCCUCUCCUCCGCCAGGUCCAAUGGCAGCAUCGACCACCUGGGCGGCCCGAGCAAGCGGGACUCAGCUUACGGCUCAUUCUCCACCAGCUCCAGCACGCCCGACCACACCUUGCCCAAGGCUGAUGCGUCCUCUGCGGAGAACAUCCUCUACAACGUGGGCCUGGGGGAGGCCUGUAGGCCGGGCGGCCGGCAGGGCCAGGCUGCCAGUGACCCCCAGGGCCUGGAGGACAGGCUCGGGUACUUCCCACCCCGGGUCCCCCGUGAUGGCAGCAGAAGCCCCAGGCCAGAGGACAGUCCUGAGACCAAGCUGGCCACCCCUGGAAAAUCAAAUUUGGGACCGGUUUGGUAUGUCCCCGAUAAGAGAAAAGCACCUUCCUCCCCUCCUCCACCACCUCCCCCUCUCCGCAGUGACAGCUUCGCUGCCACCAAGAGCCACGAGAAGGCCCAGGGCCCUCUGCUCUCAGACACCGCCAGUGUGCAGCACUUUCCAGGCCCGCCCCGGGCCCAGCCCCGCAGUGACUGGAGACCAGAGCCCGCCAGUCAGCAGUGGAGGCCGGCACGGCCCGGCAAUGGGAAGAGAGUCGGGAGCUCGGGCCCUGCGCCCCACGUCCCCCUGGACCGUGGGGUGCCGACCCCUGACCACAGGCCGGGCGGCCUCCCAGGGGCCCCCGGCCGGCUUCAGGCCUCCCUGUCCAGCACGGACGUGCGUUUCCCGCAGGCCUCCUGUGGCUGCCAGCACCCGCGCCAGUACAGUGAUGAGAGUCCCUUCUGUCACGACGGCCCCAGGGCCGCCUCGUCGCUGAGGGAGCAGCACUGUGUGGCCGUCCCUGGCGGCCGCCAGGAGCCUUCUGCCCACUGUGUCCAGGACGACGACGGCCCCACUCGGCUCAGGUGGCCCGGUGCCACUGAACAGAAGGGCAACAGCGGUGGGCAGAGCCGCUACUACUGUGUGACCAGCAGACAGUGCCCGCAGGCAAGCGCCCAGGCGGGACAGCCCCACGAGGAAUAUUGGCAGUCUGACGGGGCCGCAGAAGCCCACGAACUCCCCACUGAGCACCCGAUGGGCCACGGGCCCUGGGGUCACAUCCGGCACGAGGAGGAGGCCUCGGACACCCGUGAGAGCGACCAGGCAGCCAAGGGCCACCCCGUGGGAAGCGAGGAGCCACAGACAGCCGCCCACAGGGCAGGAGCGGCGGGGAAGGAAGCCACCGCCGGCUUCCCGUGGGCCGCGGGAGAAAGCGGCAAGAUCUCCCCUCAGAAGACGCCUAUGCUGCACUCGCUGGCCCGGGAGGGGGCGUGCCCGCCCGACGACGGCCCGGGAGCUGGUGCCGAAAGGCCGCCCCCGUUCGAUGGCCAGGUGGGCAGAGCCACCCGGAGAAGCGACCGCUUCGCCACCACCCUGCGGAACGAGGUCCAGAUGCGCCGAGCCAACCUGCAGAAGAGCAGAAGCACGGUGGCGCUGGCUGGGGCCGACGAGGCGGCUCGGGAGGCCGGCGGCUGGCAGGUGGAGCCGGGAGGCGUCCCCGGCGCCUCCCCAGAAGGUUCCUUCCGGGGCACCUAUAAAGACCACCUGAAGGAGGCCCAAGCCCGGGUCCUGAGGGCCACGUCCUUCAAGCGCCGCGACUUGGAGCCCGGCCCGGCCGAUCGUCCCGCGGGGUCAGCCGAGCCGCGGACGGAGGAGCACGGCACACAUCUGGAUGCCGCCCCCCACUUCUGGGAGGGGGGCCUGCCCAAGCCAUCCCCGUCUGGAGGGGGCCUGCCGCACGUUCCCCGUAUUGGGGCCCGGAAACGGUUCACGGUGCAACAGAAGCUGAAAUCGUACUCCGAACCCGAGAAAAUGAACGAGGUGGGGCUCGCAGGGCCCGAUCGCCCCCACCGGCACCCCGGUGCGUCCGAGGACACCAUGGGCACAUUCGCCGACAGGUGCAAGUUUUUUGAGGAGAGCAGCAGACCCAUUCACCAGAGACCUGGGCAGAGGCAAGCGCUCUGUGGAUUCCCGAAGGAGAAGCCGGAGAGGCCGCGGACAGCGGGCCACGGGUAUGAGGGUGCAGAGCCUUGGUUCCAGAACAGGGCCCACACGACCUCCCUUGGAGAGAACCCCAGCAGUCACGGAAAAACGGCGACCAUGGGAAAACCAGAACCGCCUCAGAGACUUGGAACCUUUGCUGAGUAUCAAGCCUCUUGGAGGGAGCAGAGAAACGCUCUAGAAGCCAGGAGUUCUGGGCGGUAUCACUCAGCGGGUGACAUCUUGGACGCAGGUCUGGAUCAGCACGAGAGGCCACAGUACGUUCAUGGAAGGUCCCGUUCCUCACCAUCCACAGACCCCUACAAACAGGAAGCUGCCAUCGAACCACAACAGCAAGUGGGGGACGCUGGUGAGCACAGGCAACUUUCUGCCACCGUCCGCGCCGAGGAGGGACGCCCUAAUCCGAGCAUGGCUGCUAACUGGAUGCAGUUUCCAGCACCUCAGCGUCCCCGCUGCAGACGUGGUGCCGUUUGAGCAGAGCCUGUAGCCCUGCGCCGCCUCCAGCAGAAGCGUCUCAAGGGCGAAGAUGCCUUCUGAUGCCAUCGUGGCUUUUUUUUUUUGGGUUCUUAAAAUGGCUGCUGUGUUUGCUGUACAGUACGGUUCUUUAUGUUCACAGAAUGAGAAAUCCAGUGUAACGUGCUUGAAUGAAAUGCUUUAUCCAGAAUGCUCGUUGAAAGGAUGCUUUAAUGAUCUAGUACACAGCUGGGCUGCCGGGGCGUGGUCUCCAAAUUGGAGUUGCCUGGGAAGAUUGUCAGAAAGGAAUGGAGCCAGC